UCAAAGCAAAAUACCAAUGAAAUCGAAACGAAUAUAUUUAUAUUUUCUGUGUAUUUCAAUUGCGAGCACGCCUAAGAAAAGGCAAUGGAUAACAAAGCCAGUAAAUGUGCCAGUUAUUUACUGAAACGACAGGAGCGAGUCUCUAUCGAGGGACACCAACGGACUUACAUUAGGAAUACGCAGACGAAGGUAAGGGAACUCUACCGCCGUCCGUUGGUUGGGGUUUCCGGUUCCACGGCCACGAAAAAGCCGAAAUCGGAGAGCUCAUCUUCCUUUGAGAAAAUCGAACAAACGCGCCAGAAGGUGGAAAGCCUAAACCAGAGGAUCGGCAAUGAGUUGUAUAAAUUGGGACGCUUUCGCAAACAUUUCCUCGAAGUCAAAGACGCCAUGAGCCGAUCUGCGAGUCCCGAGAAGGCGAAGGUAAAAAACAUGACUUGGAGCCAGAGUUUCAAGGCAAAUCAAGCUAAAGGGAGUCCUCUGUCCAUCAAUAGGACUCCGGCAUCCGGUGCUCAGCGGCCCAAGUGCCGCACCGUCGCAGUCGGUGUCCAGAGUGAUUCUCCGAGUGCCGCUGAAAGAGUCAGUGGAGGUUGCACCAUCGCAGUCGGUGUCCAGAGUGAUUCUCCGAGUGCCGCUGAAAGAGUCAGUGGAGGUUGCUGCUGUGACUGUGGAUAUGGGGCGCUUAACAACCAAGCUGUGUACCAGAACAUGUAUGGAACUUGUCACUGCCACUGUUGCAACUACGCCGGCAACUGCGACAUGGGGUAUCCUCAACAGUUCUGCGCCUGCGGUGGUCUCAAUGGAGAGAUGUCACCCCUUCAGGGUGCACAAUUUGGCAUACCCUAUAACAUCUUCCCGCGUAAGAAUUGCAGAAGAUUGGCGACGGACCUGAAUACCGAGGCAUUUUGCCGCAACUGGCGGCCGGACAUCGAACGUUCUUUAUCACCCAAGGGGCGAAAGGAUAAAAGAAAUCCGGCUAGAAUUGGCAAGUCCACAAAUUAUAAAAAGGUGGAAUGUAAUGUUAAGAGGGAAGCUAACUCCAUUACUUCACCAGCUCGUAAUAAAGCAAGAAAACCUGAAAAACCAAUCAAAAUUGAACAGAAGAAAGAGCUCGAGUCAUCCAAAGACCAGGGACAAAAAAAAUCCAAACCGAACGACAGUAGUUUACUGUACUCGAAAGGAAUCACCAGCAAAGCUCAACCAUCCAAGUUUUGCCCGGAGGAACUUACGGAUGAAACCAAGGCGCAAAAUUACCAAGAGUAUUUGAGUCUCUAUAAACAAGAAAACUGCAAACCACUGCAGUCGAAUCCCACAUACACACGAAUGACAGUGAAGAAGGAAAUCAAGUCGGAAAGGUACGAGAGGCCUGUCAUGAUGACACCUAUGGAUACCACAACUCAUACUGUUUCAGCUAGGGUAAAGAAUGCGGACCAGGAUGCGGAGAAUGGCCACCCAUAUUCAUUUGAUGGUGAAACUCAACAUGAUUGCCUACACUACAAGGAAAUAACUGCCCACUACCAAGUGGCCGAUGUGGGAUCUUCCAACUUAACGCCAGAUAGUGGUUCCUAUCCGUGCUGCGCGGAGAAGGUUUCCUAUACCAAUGAAGAUGGCUGCUUAGAGGAUUGGGGAAACUCCCACCUUAGAGAUGAACCAAGAGCAGUUACGCCCUAUCUCGAAAGAAACUUUCAAAGAACAGGUGAAGCUACAACUGCAAAUCGCACACAUGCCCAGCAAUCCAAACCCCUGAGAUCACAGGACGAUCAUUGUGAAGCCAUAAGGCAGGAAAGGCGGGAGCACUGCGAGAAGCUUGUGGAGCAGGAUGCAAGGCGUGAUAGGCAAAUGGGAACCCCUUCAGUUCAGCGAUCAGUUUCACCCCACAGCAGAGCUAAGCCCACCAGCUAUGUCUCGAUAGCUCUUCAACAUCCUUCGGCUGGCCAAGUGCCAAGAGAAGCCAAGAACACCCAGACGGAGUUUCCGUGUCGGGAGAGUCCCACGCAAACAGAGAGACAGAUCAGGAUGAAUAAGGCCUGUCAAGUGUACCAAGAACGACAGCAUUUUCGGGAGCAGGUGAAUCCUGCAUCACCAACGCUAUCUCAAGUCCAAAACUCUUCCUUGAUGUCAAUGGUUUCCGGCUUAGAUUACGAUUAUGUCCAUAAGGAGUUGCAUUGCAGGCAAGCUAGUCCAAGAACACCAAGAGAAAUGCAGCAAUCUCACGAUGACUACCACAUUCAGACUCCCUCAUACAGUCCGAGAACACCACCCCAAUCCUAUAGACAACCAAUAACUUCGAGGAACGAGUGCGAUACUCAGAUUGCGCAAGCUGGGGCAAAUUCCAGGAGUAACAGUCCACAUAGAAAUAAUUCAAUUGAAACCCUAUCGUUGAGUUAUAGCUCACAAUGCUCACAGUGUCAGGAAAACUAUAAGAACCAGUGUACUCAAAAUAUGUCCGGAAAUAUCGAUUGUUUACGUAGUGAUGACGAGUCGUCCCAGUUGGAUUGUCCAAGCUGUACCGAUCACAUUUCCCAGAGAUGUGUGGAGGCUCGACCUGAAUGGGUCCGCUAUGAAGGAGAGGUGGUGAAGCAUCCGGAACAGAUUAAUAAUCAGCAUAGCCCGAGGUCGUGCAUGUCCUCGCCAAGACAGGCGCCAGUUUUGGAUACAGUCUGUGAAAAGCGUACGCGAACGGUGACCUUUGAAGACGAGAAAGGGGACCUGACCAAGGAGGAGCUUGUGCAGGAAAGUUGUCGCAGUCUAAUCGAUUGGGAGCGUGCUCUUAAAUACCACACGGCAGAGCAUGGCAAUGAGGGGGAUUAUAUGGAAGAGAACUCCACUUGCAGAUCCAGCAGCUCUGCGGAGCGCACUUGCAAUGAGUCCGCCUACGAGGAUGAGUACGCCAGCUGUGAGGAGUCGCAUCCACAGACCAACCAAAUGCGGAUACCUCCGUUUAAUGGCUGUCCCUGCAUGUACCAGACCUACAUGAACCUGGCCAACAUGUGCCGGCAGUAAGGUGGCUUCAUUCAGCGAGAGUCCUUGAGAGUCCCAGAAACCGCGACCGUCAUUGCAUUAAAUUUUUAUUUAGUUUUAACAAUCUUAUAUUUGUACAAUUUCGAUAUCCCAGCCAAACGUUAAAUUUGAGUUAACAUAAUAAACAAGAAGCGUACGUUACAAA